AGAGGCUGCUCCACACCUGAUCCACACAGCCAGGGAAAGGCUGCUCCACACCUGAUCCACACAGCCCAGGGAAAGGCUGUCCCAGCUCCUCAUUCGCCCGGAUCUCGCCGCACAGCCCAGGGAAAGGCUAUCCCAGCUCCUGAUCUACUCAGCCAGGGAAAGGCUGUCCCACGCCUGAUCCGCACAGCCAGGGAAAGGCUGUCCCAGCUCCUGAUCUGCACAGCCGGGAAAAGGCUGUCCCAGCUCCUCAUCCGCACAGCCCAGGGAAAGGCUGUCCCAGCUCCUGAUCCGCACAGCCAGGGAAAGGCUGUCCCGCCGGGACAGAUCCCGGCCAUGUUCGCGGUUUUGGUGGUGCUGUGUCAACUGCACGUGACGGUGCUCGCGUUUCCUCACUGCCCUGGGAGAUUAAAUAACUUGAAGCAACCGGAAUGGAAAGAUGUGUUCACAUCUGCAAGGGAGGCCAAUUUAUUCAUUGGACGACAUCUUCUGAACAACAGAUUUGAUUUUGAAGCAUUCACAGCUGAUAACCUGGAAAGGGAAUGCUAUGAAGAGCUCUGCAAUUACGAAGAAGCAAGAGAAAUUUUUGAAGACCCUGAUAAAACGAUGGAUUUUUGGAAAGACUAUUCAACUAAAGGCCCUAAAAUAAAAAUAGGUGAUGAGGCACUACAGAAGAUUAAUGUCACAGGACUGCUCAUCAGCCUGGUUGCUGCUGGAGUGCUGGUGGUUAUAAUUGCACUGAUUAUCUUCUACUGCUGCAAGAGCAGAUGCAAAUCAAGGCAACCACCAGGGUACUUGGGUUAUGUGAGGAGCAGAAGAAGGAAUUCAGCCAACAUCUUCAGGAGGCACGAGGAGUUCUCCAUGAACCCCUUUCCCGUGGGAGCUGAGGACUCGGAGCUGCCCACCUACGAGCAGGCGGUGACCUCCGGUGGCCAGCACGGCGUGCCCCCACCCCCCUACCCAGGGCCCCCCAGGCAUCCUCGGCUCUUUAGAAAGUCCAUGUCCCUCCCUGGCCCCUAGGCACAAACCUCCCGAUGGGCUCAGGGGGGUUGCUGGAACAUAACAUGCUUUUGAAAAAAGUGCCUGCUUACCUUGCAUAUUGCAAGAUGAUUUACAGAAAUGUGGAAGAUCUUCUGGACAACGAGGAAGGAGAGAAGUUCCCGUUUGGGAAAAGAGGUCACCUGGCACAAAGGCUGCAGGACUGUUCUUUGCACAAAGGCACUGUGCCAAGAGGAGAGAAUGCAGAAAGAGCAAAUUUUGUACUGCUGCCUUCUUCCAUAUGAGCCAGCCCAUCAAACUAUUGAUGUUUCAUUAAUAGUUUCAUCUUAUUUUUCUUCAGAAAGAACAAUAUUUUAAUUGCUUAUAUUGACACUAGCUAUUUUUUGUGACUUAAUAUUUUAAACCACCAUAAAAAGUCUACUUUGUUGUUCAACAUAUUCUCUUUGCUGGGUGAAUUUUCUAUUCAUUCUUGUAAUAGACUUGAGUGCAAAAAUUAUUUCAUGGCUUGAUCUGUCAAA